AUGGAUUUAUGGUAAGGAAUAAUAGGUGUGAGGAAAUUACUUCAAAUGGUUAAAUAGUUGGAAUAGAAUAAUGUGAUGAUUAAAAUUUAAAUGCGUAGGAGGGUUGCUUUUUAAAAUAGAUAUGAUUUUCCUUUAUUUUGCUUAAGUUGUGUUAAUGGAAAAUGUUUGGAAUGCAAUAAAACUUAAGGGUAUGGUAGACUUGAUAUACAAAAUAAUAAAUGUUAAUCUGUAUAUGAAGAUGGCAUAAAAUCUGUUGAGGAAUAUUGUGAUAAUGGAAAUGAAAUUUCUUAUGAUGAAUGCUAUUAAUUUAAAUACUCUUGUGAUUUCAAUUGCAUCAAUUGCCAAUCAAGCAUAUGUGAAUAAUGCUUAAUUGGAUAUUAUUUGAAUAGAUAUCUUAAUUCUUGCUUUAGUAUUUGUGGUGAUGGAAUAAUUACUGAAAAUGAAUCAUGCGAUAAUAGAAAAUUAUGAAUGCUCUAGCUGUUAAAUAUAUUGCUAGCCUGAGUGUUUAAGUUUUUAAUAAGGAUAAUCUUAUUCUUGUGAAAACUAAGGUUGGGAGAUUGAUUUAAUAUAAGGCAUUAGCAAUUCCAAAUGUGGUGAUGGCAUAAUUGUAGGUAAAGAGCAGUAUGAUGAUGGCAAUGAAAUUGAAAAUGAUGGAUGUUAUUAAUGUGAAUUUCAAUGCUAAUAAUUAUGUACUAAAUGUUUAUCAGGAUUUUGUAUAGAAUUGAUACCCCAGGUUGGAUAUUAUAUGAAAAUUAUUGUGUAUUAUAUUGUGGAGAGUUGA